ACCGUUCGCCGCAGUCGUAGUCGAUAUCUUUGCACGGGCCGAUCAGCAAGGGGCAACAUACGUCACGUUGUCGCAUCAUCGGUCGACGAAAUUAGGUGUAACAUUGCGAAAUCGGGUCAUCGAGAAGUUGGCGAAAAAAAUUUAAGUGUUUAACGAAGAUCAAAGCAGAGAGGGGAGGAAGUCGAAGUCCACAAUCGAGAGUUUUACUAAAAAUAUAUAUACAAAAGGAGUUGGUCGUCGGCUUGCUACACUGAAAUUAGAGAGAGAGAGAGAGAGAGAGAGAGAAAGAGAGGGGGGAGGGAAAAAGGAAGGGAGACAGAGAGACAGGGAGGUCGUAAAAGAGGCGGCAAACUAACAUCGAUCGAACUGGUGCGUCGUCGCCGGUUCAUCCCGGCGACUCCUCUCUAAGAGGUCGAGCGCGGUAAAGAAGAAAGAAGGGGUGAGGUGGCGAAAGAAAAUCGCCGCGCGAGAAGAAAACAAGAAGAAGAAGCUAGAAGCGGAUCAGAAGUGAGCCGCGACACCGCGCGGCGAUCGCGAGCCAAGGCGAGGCAAGCACGGAGGGAACUAAACUCGCUAAAACGGAAUGGCGUGGGGUUACUGGAGCGCGACUUCCGUCAGCGAUCGAGGUCGGUCACCUCGCCGCGAGAAGGAUAAACAGCAUCAGAGUUUGCAUCAAUCAUCACAGCAGCAGCAAGCGCAACAACAGAUGCACCAGCAAGAACUCCAGAGCGCUUACAGCACCGUGCAACAAGAACGCGAACUCGGCGUGGCCGGGACCGGUAUGGGGGUCGCGAAGGAGGAGCCACCCUGCAGCAUGAUGAUUCAGGGUAGUUCUUUUUACUCGUAUUCGGCGGCCACGGCGGCUGCCGCCGCGACAGCUGCCGCAAGCCGUCGUAUUUCUGCUGUGGUCGAAGGUGGCGGUCCGUCUUCUUCCGCAACUGCGAGCGGCAUUCAGGUGUUGCCGCGGGAGCGGCCUGCGAAACCUAGCACGAGCACGUAUCCCCCGACGCCUGGUAGCGGCGGUUCGGCCGAAUACGAGCAGCCGCUUAUCGCGACCGGUCAUCAUCCUCGAGUCGCUGACAUUUCGCCGCCGCUAUCGCGCAUCGGCGGCGGUAGUAGUCCGCCCUUGCCGCCGCAUCAUCAUCAUCAAGAUGAGAUCUUCGCUCAGCCGAGCACGUCCUCAUCCAUCAGCAGAACGUCCAAGAUACUCCAAUGUCCUCCGCCGUUGGACGUUGCCGGUUCCAUGGACAAUCUUUCCGAAGCCGAGCUCGACGAGAUCACCGCCGAAAUGAUUUACAGUCGCACCAUAAUCGGGCCCACAGCAACUUGUCGUCUUCAUGGGCCGUGCAAUCAGCAGCAGCAGCAGCCGCCGCCGCCACCGCCGGCGUCGUUGCUCGAUGUCGAGCCCGUUGGUUCCUCGCAGUUUCAAUUCAACGAGAUCAGCUGGGUUUUUCCAAACGUGCCGCCCGCUCCCGGGAUGCCGUGUCAAGGGGAAGAUAGAAGCAUCUACAGACGAGGCGCUCGUAGAUGGAGGAAGCUGUACCGAGUGAACGGCCAUAUUUUUCAAGCGAAACGAUUUAAUCGGAGAGCCUUUUGCGCGUUCUGCCAGGAUCGGAUCUGGGGACUCGGGCGGCAGGGGUUCAAAUGCAUUCAGUGCAAACUGCUCGUGCACAAAAAAUGUCACAAGGUGGUGCACAAACCUUGUCUGAGUUUGCAGCAACAGCAACAGCAGCAACAGAGCACGGAGGCGCAGACGAUCGACAGGAACGACGACCAACAGCUUGAUUCGUAUUCGUGCGGCCAAACGAUUCAUCUCGAGGAUGAGAUCACGGAGUCGCCAAUCAUCGAGGAGCAUUCGCGCGAUCGAAUCGGAAGUGAAGAGGGAGAAGAACUCCCGUUGGACACUUUGAACGAAGGCGAUACUUCAAACGAUAUGCAACGGCAAUAUUCAUUGAACGAUUUCGAACUGAUCAGGGUGAUCGGUCGCGGGUCUUACGCGAAGGUCUUGAUGGUCGAGUUGAAACGUACCAAGAGGAUCUACGCUAUGAAGGUGAUCAAGAAAGCUUUGGUGACGGACGACGAGGAUAUCGAUUGGGUGCAGACGGAGAAACAUGUGUUCGAGACAGCCUCGAAUCAUCCUUUCCUGGUCGGUCUUCACUCCUGCUUUCAAACACCCUCGCGUCUCUUCUUUGUUAUUGAAUUUGUGCGCGGUGGCGAUCUCAUGUUCCAUAUGCAAAGACAGCGUCGUCUUCCGGAGGAUCAUGCGCGAUUCUACGUGGCCGAGAUCAGUUUAGCGUUAAACUUUCUUCACGAAAAAGGAAUUAUAUACAGGGAUUUGAAGUUGGACAACGUGUUGCUCGAUCACGACGGACAUGUCAAGCUUACCGAUUACGGAAUGUGCAAGGAAGGAAUCCGAGAAGGCGACAACACGAGCACAUUCUGCGGCACGCCCAAUUACAUCGCUCCCGAGAUCCUUCGCGGUGAAGAAUAUAGUUUUUCGGUAGAUUGGUGGGCUUUGGGAGUUUUGCUGUACGAAAUGCUGGCGGGACGCAGUCCUUUCGACAUAACCGGCGCGUCCGAAAAUCCGGAUCAGAACACCGAAGAUUAUCUGUUUCAAGUUAUUCUAGAAAAGACUAUACGCAUACCUCGAUCGUUGUCCGUUAAAGCGGCGUCCGUUCUGAAAGGAUUUCUUUGCAAAGAUCCUCAGGAGAGACUGGGUUGCGGAAAGAGACCCGUUGGUUUUCUCAACAUUGUCGCUCAUCCUUUCUUCAAAGCGAUCGAUUGGGAAAUGCUGGAGCACAAACAAGUUACUCCUCCGUACAGACCACGGUUAGAUUCGGAUCGUGAUCUAGCUAACUUCCCACCUGAAUUUACAGACGAGCCUGUUCACUUGACUCCCGACGACCCGAGAGUGAUUGAGAAGAUCGACCAAAGCGAAUUCGAUGGUUUUGAAUACGUAAAUCCUCUAUUAAUGUCAUUGGAGGAUUGCGUGUGACAAGAGCCGCUUCUU